AUGGGGGCUUACUGCUACGGUAAAAGAGAUAAUAGAGGAGAAGUAUUGCUUCGUUUCUGCUGGGAAAACAACUUAUUCAUCAUAAAUAGCAAGUUUAAGAAGAAAGAAAAGAACAUGUGGACCUGGAUUUCACCAAAAAAAGCGAGAAGUCAAAUCGACUACACACUGUCGAAUAUUAAAGAAAAUAUAACAAACUUUGAGAUACUUAAUAAAUUUUCUUUCGCCAGCGACCACAGACUACUAAGAAAUACUCUCUUUCUCGCAAAUAUCAAAAAAAGUAGAGCCAGCUAUAACAAUGAAAACUUUAAAUUAAAGACAAAAGAAGGACAAGACCAAUUCAUAAAAUUUCUAAAAGCAAACAUUGAAAUAGCACAACUAAAUGAAAAUGAAGAUGUAGAGUCUUAUCACAAAAAAAUUAAAAAUGCAAUCGAAUACAGUCUGAAAGCCACCAAAAUUGAAAAACGUAAAACACAAAGUAUUAUUUCAGAAGAUACAAAAAAACGAAUAAGAAGAAGAAAUGAACUUACCAACAAGAAAAAUCUUACAAAAGAGGAAAGAACAGAAAAAACAAAUUUAUACAAAAAUAUCCAUAAACUUAUUAAAAAGGAAUACCAAGAUCAUAAGAUAAAAACAAUAGAAAAACAUUUAAUAAAAUCAGGAAGUCUGAAGAAAGGACUGAAAGAACUCAUUUCUGCCAAGGGGUGGAUACCUUGCCUUAAAGAUAUAUCUACGGAGAAGAAGUCCUUUUCAAGAUCAAAAAUCAUAGAGACAGCUACUUUAUUCUACAAAGAGCUCUAUAGCAACAUACAAAAUACAACAUUUCAAGCCUUGCCAACGAAUCAAAAUUUGACAACAAUUAAAAGAUUCACCAUACAAGAAAUCGCAAUCUUGAAAUUGAAGUUG